AUGGUGGAUUCUAUUCCAUCGAUACAUUUACAUACUAAUUUAAAUACACAUAAUAAAAUUCAUUUACGUUUACGUCGUCGUGAACUUGUUCAAGAAGAAGUACGAAAAACUAUGUUAAAUUAUAUGACAAGUUUAAAAGGUGAAAUAACUGAUAUUGUUAUUGAAGAAAUGAUUGGUUAUUAUAAUAGUCAAAGAAUAAAAUUAUAUUAUUUAGAAAAAGAAUUAUUUAAUAUAAAAAAUUCAUCUUUACCUAUUCGAAAUACAAGUCAAAUAUUAAAUGAUUUAGUAUUACGUCUAUCGAAAGAACAACAUUUAUUUGCAUUAAAUAUAUCAUCAAUGGAAUAUAAAAUAAAAAAUUUAACAAUUAUUUUAAAUAAUUUAUUAAAUGAAUUACAUCAACAACAAAAACCUAUUCAACAUGUGAGAAGACUUGUUUCAACAAAAAAAGAUUUUCAACAUUAUCAAACACCAAUAGGUUAG